GCGACGAAAUUAUCAAAAGCUUUCGCCGGUGGCAAGCACGCCGCCAACAAAAGAAAAAAAAAGUCCAUAAAAUUUUAUUUUCCGUCGCAAUACUCUCAAUUUUGUAACCGACUGUAUUUCAAACACUUGUUAAAAAACUUCGUAAACGUUCUUUCAGGCGACUGCUUCAUUCAAGUGUAGAUAGCACAGACAGUAACGCCAGAACGUGGUCUAUUAUUCCAAACAACCCUACACCUCGAAUCAGUUUGCCAGUUGGUGUCUUCAGUAAAUCCCAGCUAGCGAUGGCGGCCACCAUCAGAUUUGGAACCACCUGCGCUCCAUGCAAAACUGCUGCUGUCCAGAGUGCACAGUUGGAAGAAGAAACCGAUGAAAAAGGAAACCGUGACCCGGAAAAACUUCUGCAGUGCCCUUUUGAUAAGAACCACCAAAUCCGAGCCUGCCGCUUCCCUUACCAUCUUAUAAAGUGCAGGAAGAAUCAUCCGAAACUGGCCAUGGAGCUAAAAACCUGCCCUUUCAAUGCUCGCCACCUGGUCCCCAAGCAUGAGCUGACGUACCACACUGAAACCUGUGAAGACCGAAUAUCUGUGGACACUGAAGAUGGUGGAAGUACAAAUGGACUUAGUAAAUGGCAGGUCCCAAUCAGCACUUGGGUAAACCAGAACAUGACUGAGGAUUGGGACAACGAGGCUGAUGAUGAUGCUGCUCCAUUUGUGUGGGGUGUAAACACAGUCCUGAAUCAGAAGCAGCCACAGGAAACGAUGCCCACCAACAACCUUGGUCCAAGUUUUAGAAUGCCCAAUACCCUUCCCUGGACCCCGAUAUAAAGCAUAAUGCAUGCUUAACUUAUUUUAUAUUGGAUAUACUGUAGGUUCAAGUUGCAGCAGUCUCAUUUUAGUCACCUGAUGUGGUACCGUAACUGCAGGCAUAGCCCCCAUUUGUUUUUAGUUUUUUCUGUAUUUACGUGCAUUCCCAACGGUUAACAGUUACAAGUGGCAGUGGUUGAAUGUUAUGGGCUUGUUAUAUUAAAGGUGUUUUUAUUUCAAAUAAUUGUGUGAAGUUAGCAUGGUAUGUGUUCUAUUUCAAAUUUUUGUGGUGACUUUUGAAAAUGUUUACUAAACCGAAUCGCAUGUUGUAAUGUGCAUGGAUUUCAAAUACAGUUUGCCAAUGGGA